CCUCUUUUGUGAAGUGGCAGCUGAGGAAAUUCUGGAGCUCACCAUGGCAGACGAAAAACUCAAGGAAGAGGUCAAGACUGAGAACAACGAUCAUAUUAAUUUGAAGGUGGCAGGGCAGGAUGGUUCUGUGGUGCAGUUUAAGAUUAAGAGGCAUACACCACUUAGUAAAUUAACAAAAACCUAUUGUGAAUGAUAGGGUUUGUCAAAGAGGCAGAUCAGAUUCCGAUUUGAUGGGCAGCCAAUCAAAGAAACAGGUACACUUGCACAGUUGGAAAUGGAGGAUGAGGAUACAACUGAUGUAUUCUGGCAGCAGACAGGAAGUGUCUUCUGAAAAGGGAGCCUGCUACUGUACUCCAGAACUCUGUUCCUACAGACCAAGAAUACGUUCUCAAUUAGAAAACCACAAUUUGGUUCCACCACAUCCUACUACAGUAUAGUUUUCUCUAGUCUUUCAUUUUCCCCUCCCCCAUUCCUUUAUUGUC